AUGCCGUCGGGAACAAAAUAUCGGUAUUUUUGUGCGAUUUUGCGGAACCAAUUUGGCGUUUCUGGCGUUAGCUGCAAAGUCGAGUUCACCAACCUGAAAUGCACGACCCUGGAUCGCGAAUUUUUGGAGUUUGACAAGUGCUUUUUAAAGUCGAUCAACCGGACCUACAAAUACCUCUCCGUGAGCACAAAGAUCCACAUGCUUCCGUUAAAGAGUGUUUCAAUCCAGACUCAAGUGCUCCAGAGACUGAACGGCUACAAACCGUUCCUCUUUAAUUUCACCACCGAUGGCUGCAAGGCUUUGAGUGGGAAAAUGAAUCCGACGACUCGAUUUUUCUUCGGGCUGAUUGCCCCCUACUCAAACCUGAACCAUUCCUGUCCCUACGAUCACGACCUAUUUGUGGAGAAGCUUCCGAUUAGCUUUAUGGACGAGCAACUCACCAAAGUUCUGCCGUUCCCGGAGGGUGAUUACUGCUUAAAAAGCAUAUACUCGUAUCGUCGAAAACCACGAGCUGAGAUCUCGACCUACGCAAGCAUCUCCUAAAAUUUAAACGCCAGCGCUGCCAGACAUUGGUUAAGACUUAAGAAAGCACAGCU